CUGAAAACUGUGCCUAUUCCAUAAUCACUCGCAUCGGUGUACACAAUGAAUGGCUUUCCGGGUACUGGUAGUUUUAAAGUCAUCUGCCGGUCACUUAGGAGCUCCUUAAUGUCAUCAAACGUUUUCUGUGCCUCCUUUGUCCACCCAAAUUUGGGGUUACCAAGUAGCUUGUAUAAAGGUGCUGCUAUCUCGUUGAAAUUUUUGCGGAACCGACUGCAGAAUCCUGCUCUACCUAAGAUAUGUCACAGUUUUCUCUUUGAAUUCGGCACUGGAAUGCUUUUAACUGUCAGAAUUUCCUCAGGUAAUGGUUUAAUUUCUCCGUUUCCAACUUUAUGUCUUAGUAAUGUGACACGCUUUUUGGAUAUUUGAGAUUUUGUCCUAUUGAUAUAAAGUCCAAACUCAUCAAUGCGUCUUAAAACAGCUUCCAUGUGUUCUAGAUGUUCGGGUCCCGUCUAACUGUACACCACCAGGUCGUCACCAUACACCUCCACGUUCUUUAAAUUCUUCAGGAACAUCAACCGUCUG